UAUUUUAGAUAUUUAAUAUUUUAUACAAAAAAGUUAUAAUCUUCAUCUUUAAAUCUGAUACAAAUAUAAAUUAAGAUAAAGAUAUAAAUCAUAAAUCACAAACUAUAUACUAUGUAUAUAGUAUAAUGUACAUACUAUAUGUAGCGUCAUAUUUUACUAUUGUCAUGUAUAAUAUGUAUAUUCUAAACUACGUAGUAGUAAACUACGUAGCAAAUAAUUGAUAAUUUCUUUCAAAGUAAAUUAAGUUACGUGCAAGAAUAAAUAAUACUCAUCGUGAAAGUAUUUGUAUAAUAUAAGUAUAAUCAGGUAUAAUAUAAAAAUUUUCUGAAAUAUAAGAAAUACAAUUAGAAAGAUAUUGGAGAAAUAUUAUUAAGAAUGACGCAAUCUCAACAAAUAAUUGAAGAAUUAUAUGAUUCUUACACAAAAACUGCUGCUAAUAUUAUUGUUUAUUAUGAAGGUAAUGAAAUGGACGAGAAGUUAAAAGAACUAAAAUGUAUAGUAAACAACAAUAGCGUUCAAGAUAAAAAGUUAAAGUUAUUCAGGGAAAGAAAGAAUCAAUUAUUAAAUUUAAAUAAUGAUGAUGGUAAUAAUGACAAUCAUAUGGAGCAGAGUGAUACUGAAAACCGCUUGAAUGAAUAUAGACUAAUUCUCUCUAAGACUGAUAAUGAUACAUUGAAAGAUGAUAAACUUAUAGAAUUUGAUAAACAUGUAGAAGCACUGCUAGAUGGAGUAGCACAGAAAGAAAAUGAUACAGAUGCAGAAAUACAGUUAAAAGGGGGCUAUGUAAAUGUAAUUGACCCAAUCUCUAAGAAGAGAAUUGUGGAUCCUGUGAAGAAUACUAUAUGUGGUCAUACUUAUGAUCAAGAAAGUAUUAUGCAGUUAUUGAAAAUUAAUAAGAAGACAAGGUGUCCUGUUAUAGGUUGCAAAAGUACAGAAUUUGUACAACUUUCGCAACUUCGUCCAGACAUUGUAACGAAAACAUAUCUAGAGAAACAUCCAGAAUAAGGUUUUGUGAUAUAUGUAUUACAAAUUAAAUAUUUAAAUGAUACAAUAUUUUGCAACAUGAUAAAUAUAACCUAAGAUUUAAUGUUUACACAUCAUUAAAACAAAAAUAAAAACUGCACAUGAUGUUUCAUGUAUCUGAAUACAACACGUGAUUUAAUGUGGCAUAUUUCGCAUUGCAAACAUAUUUUUGUGAUUAAAAACUCUGUAAGAAUAUUGGCUUAGAGCCAAAUCAUUGUUAUGAGAACUUAUUUUAGGUAACAAAUAGCAAUUUAAAAGUGUAUCUUUUAGAGUAGUAUAGAUAUAGCGUAUUUUUUAUCAAAUAAAUUGAAUGUAUAAUUUAUGUUUAUCAAACUAUUAUCAAAAGAAAAUAUUUUUAUAUAAAAGAUUAUAAAAUAAAUUUCUCAUAAAAUUUCUAUGUCUUUCAUAUUUUUAGAGAACAAUGUAUAGUACACAUAGUACCAAUAAAUUAUUGAAAACGAAGCAAC